AUGGAUAAAAAUAAACUUCGAUGGGCAUCUAGAGGAAACCCGGGAACCUCAGGUGUGGGGGUAGUGGUGAGAAAUGACAAAGGGUCCAUCAUCUUCAAAGGAGCCCGUCGUCUGCAGGAUGGAACAAACAACGAAGCAGAGGCUUGGGCGGCACUCCUGGCAACUGAGUUGGCCUUAAACAUGAAAGUCCAACAGUUGCAUCUGGAAGGAGACUCCCAAGUGGUCAUCAAUGCAAUCACUAAGGGCAAUACUCCAUCAUGGAAAUUAUCUCGUUGGGUGGCGAUCAUCCGAGAGAAACUCAAUCUUUUUGAGGAAUUUCGAGUAUCCCACAUCAGGGGAGGUGCAAAUGCAGUGGCAGAUCUACUCUCCAACAUUGGAUGCGACAUGACUAGCCAAAUGGCCAAGUGGUGGAAGGGAGAUGGAGUAUGGAAGUGGUCUUAA